GUGAUUUAAGUUGAUUUUGUAAUUGGUUAGCGAGACAGACGAAAUAUUGCCCCAAAUUUGACACGAGGAGGGUUUACACUUCCUGAGUUUUUCAUUAGUAAUUUCAUCGGUAUGUGAUAUGAAAGGUUUUGUGUGGAGGGACUUCUCUUGUCAUGCUGGACUGGGAGGAAGUAUUACCUAGUGGAGGGGUGACAGGUUGUGAAAAAACCUUUCAUAAUUUGCCGUCAGCAAUUGAUAACAAAGUAAAUAUCCCAAAUUUCUGUUUGUUGAUCCAGGCUGACAAAAGCAACACUGUGGUUGAGGUUGUAUUGUGCUGUGUCACACCUUGCUUAGACUGUGACAAGGACACAACCAUUUCAUGAAACGGUUAUCAAAAUACCCGCAUUUCUCUCUCCAUUCUCCUGAGCUGGCAUAAGUUACCCAAUAGUCAGCUCUGUAUUGUUGACACUCAGCACACUUCUUGUACAAGUCACAGAAGCUGCACUGUUACAAACCUGUGUGUCACGGAUUCCAUUUCAGUUUUAAAAACACCCCUUCGCCCACAGGGUGCUCAGUUUGUAUAUUGAUGGGCAGAAGAUAGAGAACAUUACAACUUGAAUCAGCUUUAGGGAACUGCUUUACUAAAGGAAAAGCCAAUUUACAGUGGCCAUACUAAAACAUAGAGGUCUCUGCUGAAGCACAGGAGUCAGCUUGAAAUACUUGUGGAUUCAACACUGGUUUUAUGAUUAGGAAGUUGCCUGGAUUGAAACCUGAGGUGAAGACAGGCAGUCACUGUAGUAUUCCACACACAGAGGUGCCGACAGCUUGUGGCUCCCCCUUUUACUGACAGGGGGCAGCGGACACCUGAGUGAACACAUUAGUGAGGAAAGCCGUGGCAGGCAGUGUAACAAAGCAGCCACUGUCACGCUAACUGGGAGACAGCUCUCAUAAAGUUGGGGAGAGAUUGACACAAAUUGGAUAAUGGACCAGUGGGCUCAGGAAGCCGGAGGAAUAGUGGUGUGUUAGAGAUACGGAAUAUCUACUCAUUAAGUAAAGGAACUGAGGGAAAGUUAAAGACAGUGCCUCCUGCACUUACGAACUCACUGAACUUGAGUCCUGUGGAAUGUCAGAUAUAUUUGAUAUCCAAUUAGAAAAGAAACGUGUGUUUACUGUGCUGUCUACCGCUGAUGUACAUAGUUUGUAAACAGAAUGUGGAGAUUAAAGGAGGCAAUACAGCUGGCUCUGGCCCUUGGGCUUGUGCUACUGAGUUUGAAACCUGGAAAUUGUAAUAAAUAUGCAAACUGCCGCGUUCCUCUUGGUAUGCAGUCGGGUGCCAUUCCAGACUCUGCCGUCACAGCGAGCUCAUCGUUCGAAGAGGAGAGCGUAGGUGCAAAGUUUGCAAGAAUUCGUACAGACCAGAAAGGGGGCGCAUGGUGUCCGCUCCAUCAGAUCUCGGCCGACGUUUAUGAGUUUCUUCAGAUCGACCUCCAGUCUCUGCACGUGAUUUCGUUGGUGGAGACCCAGGGACGGUUUGGAAAUGGGCAGGGUCAAGAGUAUAUGGAAAAAUACCUGUUGGAAUACAAGAGGGAGGAGGAUGGCCCAUGGAUGCGUUUCAGAGAUAGAAAGGGUCACGAGAUUUUCCAAGGCAAUACCAACACCUACAUAGCAGAGCUAAGGGAGGUGAAUCCACCUAUCAUAGCCAGGAAGAUCCGCUUUGUGCCGUACAGCGACAACGUCCGCACAGUCUGUAUGAGGGUGGAGCUGUAUGGAUGCCCAUGGAAAGAGGGUGUGGUGUCAUACAAUGUUGCUCAAGGCGAACGAAGAGGAAUGGAAGUGGAUCUGUACGACUUCACCUAUGAUGGUAAAACAGAAAACAACUACCUGUCCAAUGGAAUGGGGCAGUUAUUUGAUGGUGAAGAAGGUCAGUCCAACUUCCGCCUCGACCCCCAGGAGCUGGGCAUGAAGGGAUACGAGUGGGUGGGCUGGAAAAACGAUACCACCUCUACGACUCCAGGACCUGUGGAGUUUCUGUUCAGGUUCGACGCAGUGCGGAACUUUACAUCCGUCCAGCUUCACUGUAACAAUAUGUUCUCUAAGGAAGUCCGUGUGUUCAAGUCUGCAGUGAUUCAUUUCAGCGUUGGAGGGAAGUAUUACAACCAGGAACCAGUGAGGUUCGAGUACAUGAGAGACACGCUGAUGGAGUAUGCCAGACCUGUUAUUAUCAAACUCAACAACCGUAUUGGAAAAUAUGUCAAAAUGCAGCUGUUUUUCGAUGCCAAGUGGCUCAUGAUAAGUGAAAUCUCAUUCUCAUCAGAAAUUGUAAAAGUCAAUGUCAGUGAGGAGGUGGGGCCCAUGUCUAUAACUCUCCCCACCACCACAGUAGCAGGACACAAAGGAUCUGAUUCCACUCCAUACGCUGGAGAUAAAGAUGGAGGCAAAGGCAGUGAAGGGGGCGCCAGUGAUGACCACACACUAGGAGGAACCACAGAGACCCCUACUGUCCAUCGUCCAACAAACACCAUCGACGACCAGUUCAUUGGGAGCAUAUGUGGAGCUCUGGGGGCACUCUUGCUGCUCAUCUUAAUAGUAGUCGCCAUUAUCAUCUGUCACACUCGGCGCCAGAAACAAAGAAAUGCUCAGCGCCAACUCAAACCCUGCAAUAACGGCCAAGUGGCUGUUAAUCUGAAUGACCUGCGCCAGCCAUUUGGCAAUGGGAAAGUAAUGAAUGGGAUUGUGUAUAAUUGUGUCCCUCCAUGUGACGCGGACUCUGACCCGGAGAAGUCGAAAACUGAUAUAUACAAUGAGCCCAAGGAUUGUAUACAGAAUCGUAAACUUCCAGAUAUACCUAGAAAUAAUGUGGAAUAUUCUUCAGAUUGCACCAACACGUCUCGAGAAUAUGCAGUGCCAGACCUUUCCCGGCCACUUAUCGUUGCCCUCCCCCCAGAAAAAGAGAACAACCUGUCUGCAGAAGAUGACAACAAUUUCUAUGCUACUGCUGACUUGACGGACAUCAUGAACAUUCAGGGGGUGAGCGGGAACAAUGUAUAUGCUGCUCCCAAUCCAGACUUCCUCUACAGGGAGGAUGUCACUGUUAUGGAGCUGCCCAGAGAAAAUUUGAAGUUUAUUGAAAAACUGGGAGAAGGCCAGUUUGGAGAGGUCCAUCUGUGUGAGUGUAUGCAUCUGAAUGAGCUGCUUGGCGAUGACUAUCAUUCCAACAGGACGACCUCCAAGUCUCUGUUAGUGGCUGUCAAGGUGCUAAGAAAGACCGCUGAUGAAACGGCCAGAAAUGACUUUAGGAAAGAAAUAAACCUCAUGUCCCGGCUCAAGGACCCCAACAUUGUCCACGUGUUGGGUGUGUGCACCAAUGACGAGCCCAUGUGUAUGAUUGUGGAGUACAUGAAGUAUGGAGAUCUGAACCAGUUCCUGGCAGAACAUGUGGCAGAGAGCACCUUGGCCAGGCAGACCCAUGCCAAGACCAUCAGUUAUGGUGGUCUGGUCUACAUGGCAGCACAGGUUGCAUCUGGGAUGAAGUACCUGGAAUCCUUGAACAUGGUCCACCGCGAUUUAGCCACCAGGAAUUGUCUAGUUGGCAACUACUACACUAUCAAAAUAGCUGAUUUUGGCAUGAGUCGCAGCUUGUACAGUGCGGACUACUACAGGAUAGAGGGCAGGGCUGUACUACCCAUUAGGUGGAUGGCGUGGGAGAGUAUUUUGCUGGGCAAAUUUACCACCAAGAGCGAUGUUUGGUCCUUUGGAGUUACAUUAUGGGAAAUUCUGACAUUUGCUAAAGAGCAACCAUUUGAAAUGUACACUGAUGAACAGGUUAUUGAAAAUUGCGGUCACUUUUACCGCAACGAUGGCAAAAUCCAGUAUCUCCCUCAACCGACAUGUUGUCCUCGGGAGAUAUAUGACUUGAUGAAGGAGUGCUGGAACCGUGUGGAAACGGAACGUCCAGCUUUCAAGGAAAUUCACAUGUUCUUGCAGAGGAAGAGUAUGGGUUAUGAUCCCAAGGAGGAAAAGAUGAUGCAGAACAAGCUACCUGUGUGUUGAUGCUUUGCCAUGUGGUGUGCAGAAAAUGUCAGAUGGGUAAAUGAUUGGUGGAAAUCUAAGCCAAUUGGAUUGCCUUUGGAGAUGCAGAACAAGUAACCUGCUUGCUGUCCAGGAAAUGGGAAAUAUGUAAAUGAUUGGUGGAAUUCAUUUAAUCAGGACUGUGAAACAGCAAGUCAAUUAGUGAUAACAAGACAGUCAAAUGUUUGCCAAACUGAUGUGAAUAAGAGCACAACUGCCCUGUAAGAACUGGUAAGACUGUUGAUGGGGUCCGCUUGUUUGAGUGAAGAGGUAAGCCUAGUCAUUACAAUCUUGGAUGAUGGGUGAAAGGCAAGGUAUUGCUGCGGGCUGAAAAUGAACAAAACAGGAGAGAAUAAAUCACAUUUGCUGCUUUGAACUAUAUACCAGCUUCUUUGUGUGCAUGCAGCGCUCUGCAAAGUGGUGAAACCAUUUCACUAAAGCAGGACUGAGGUCUCAAAACCCAAGGCAUUCAGAUCAUGGUGGUGAUAAUUCUACAGCACCAUAAAAGAAUGUAAUGUUACCCAGCAUUCUACCCCAGCAUUCUACUGGGGGUUUACAGUGUAGGCAAAAGCUAAUCACACGUGCUCCAUAAGGUCCGCAUUUAUCAAAGUACCAAUACAAGCCUAAGCUUGCUACACUGUCUUUUCAGUACAAGAAUAUUUUGUUUCUGCAUGAAAAUUAAGAUAGGCUUGGAUUGCAGAAAGAAUCUAUGAUAUGAACCAACAUAUGCCAAUGAAGUUUCUGAAUUACGAAAUAAGUAUCUGUUUAAAUGGUGAGAUGGGUCAGGGUAAUAGAGAUGCCGAGCUCUUCUCAUACCGAGUAAAAUUUCAAGUCUGUCUCCUUCAUCUACCUUGUAACAGUUCAAUAGCAGCUGCUGUCACUCUAGCUCAGGUUUAUAUAAAACAAGGAUUAAUUAAAAACAAAGAUUGGAAAAUGGGGAACAGUCAAACUGGAAUGUGCUCUGAUAUUCAGGAUACUUUGGACUGCAUUAAAACAUAAACAGUGAAGAUAAUGACUUUUUUGUAUCAUGACAAACAAAUUGCAGUCCACAUUUCAGAAAAAAAUUGUGAGCUCGCCUGUGAAGUGGGUAAAUUUGGUUGCAUAACACCAGCAGGUAACUGGAAGUCAAGAACUUAUAUUUAAUUUUAUCAUUGAUUGAUACAAGUAUUUGUAUAGUUAUGAAGAUAUAUUGGGUGAUAACUUGCAGUGGUGCUUCAGCUUCUAGUAAACAAAGCUGAUUUCAAUAUAGAUUUAUUAUUCUUAUCAUUAUUAGGUGGUAUUAUAUUUUAUGGUAUAUUUUAUAGAGUCAUGUGUCCAUCCAACAUUGCCAGUGGAACGUCUCUUCUAUAAUUGGUUACUAUGGACCAUGUUUAACUGUCCCAUUGUUAUUGUGGAUUUAUUGAAAAAAACAUGACAUAUUGCUUUAUAAAAGAAGACUUGGCACAUUAUAUGUAGAGCUAUUAACUGAUACGCUAUUUGUAGGUAGUGUUGUACCAAAGUGUUAUUUUUUUUUUCUUAAUCUAUCCAGGACUGGCAUACACUUUAUUGCUGUGUUGCACUUACAGCAACUGGCUUUCAGCACGAUCCAGUUUUUUUAACUAAAACUAGGUGGCAUUCAUUUGGUUUUAAUGUGAUUUUAGCAGAAUAAUUUAUUAGCGUCUCUGCAUGUUGUAAUGCAGUCAACUUCUUCAUUUGGUUUUUGUAUUUUGCUUUACUGGAUGAGGGCUGUAUAAAGAAAGAGGGCAGUGUUGUCAAACGGCAAUUUUCAUAAUAAAUACUAACUCCUGCUUUUAUUCAUUAAAUUUAUAAUGGGCUCGUUGAAAUGCUGCAUCAGUUAGAUGUGUAGAAAAGUAUACCAUUGUAAUCAUGUGUAAUUUCUUAUUCUUAUGGUCACGUUUGAACUGUGUUCUAUUUUAUUUUGGUUCAAAUGUAAGAAGUCAGGUGCCUGUCAAAAUACAUGCCUUGCGUUCUGCUGCAAGUUCUUUUUCAGGAGUGUGUCUUUUUUACAAAUUUAAUGUAUUUUUGCUUGAUUUUUUUUUUUUAUUUGCUUGCUUUUUAAAAUGCCAAACAGUGCAUAAGUAUGCGACAAAAAGUGCACGACACAGUGAAACUGAUAUGCUAUUUUAAUGUCUUGUAAGUCAUUGUUUUGAUUUACCAGUGAAUGUUAAGCUACAAACACUUGAUUUUAAAAAACACGGUGCCAUUUCUCUACUUACAUUUCACCAUCCAGAUCACUGCACCGCAUAUUUUAUAGUCAUUUUAAAGCUGAAAUGAGAAGAGGGCAUUGAAGUCGGAGAAACUUUUACGCACACAAUUUGAGUUUUAUUCCAUGUUGUUUCAUAAUUAGAUCACUGUGACCAGGGACAUUUAAGAUAUGUCCCAAAUAUUUUGUUGCCGAUCACGUUUUCUCAAAGUUGAUUCUCUUCAGGUAUUAUCAGUUUACAUAUCUACACAGAGCUUUUAUAAUGCUGUACUCAUUAUUCAUAUUUCACUGAGAAAGAAUGGUGAGUUUAGUAACAGUGUAUUAUUCACAUUAUACUAUCUAUUAAAAGUUGUUUAUUUUGUAUGUCAGCAAUGUACAAUACACAUGCUAUGUCAGUUAACGGGGAGAUGUAUAUAAUGUAUAUACGACUUGAUCAGAAUUGAAAUAAAGUUAUGA